UACAAACACACCGUACCGAAAGCUACCGAGGCAUCCAGGUCGCCGAAUCGAAAACCAUUCUUUUCUUCGGCGCGACCUCCCGGGUUUCGUCGCGAUGCGGACGUUCUUUGGAAGAGCGAAAGCACCCAACGCAAGAAAGAGCCCUGGCUCUUAAUGUAUCCGUCUUGCGUUUACUCAUCGCCAUCGCCAUCGCCAUCAUCAUCAACGCAGGCCAUUGGUGCUGAAAAGGUACUUGUCACUAGCAGAGCAGAACAAAACGCAUACACCAAAGAGUUUUUGUGUUGCCGUCCGGGUUUUCGCCACCGUUGAAAGAGCGCGAGAAAAGCAGAAACAGAAGCCGAACCGAAACAGAAAGCAUGGCGCCGUGCGAACGGUACUCCUACGAAGAAUGCGCAGCCAUCCACGGCUUGGAGAUUGGUCCCGGCGCCACGGCGGACCAGCUUUCCAACGCAAAACUGCUGUGCGGAGAGAAAGUCCCGCUCGUCUCCGAAAUCGUCAACGUUGCGGCCGCUGCGGCCACCAUCUACCUAAUAAGUAAGCAGCAGCGGAUGCAAUGCGGAUGCGAAUGGGUGGUUGGGCGUUGCAGUGUUGUGGUGCGGCACGGAACCAAAACGUGGUUCGAUGCAGCACAUGUCUAUAUGCAUAUGUAUAUACACAUAUGUAUAUACACAUCAUACAUUAUACAUUUGUAUAUUAYAUCUUUGUACAUUCUACGGCAACGGACUCAAACAAAUUCCACGUUCUGUCUGCUGUCUCUAUUCUCUCUUCUCUUUSUGUACGGUACGGCGCAGCCAACGUCUACAUCCAGAUCGCGGAAUCCUCGGUGCUCCUGAAAUCGAGCCGGAUAUGGGGGACCGGCAAACCCCACGAAGCCGAGGGGAAAAAGGCGAUCGCGCGGGCCACGAUGAUCCACUGCUCCCUCGGGACCCUCUUGUACGUGGGAACCAUCGUGCUCRUCCGCAUCCUGACCCACCCGCUGGACAAUCGGACCAACUCGGUGGUCAUCGGCCUCUCCAAGAUAUUCGCGUCCGUGGUCUUUUUCAUGAUGUCGGUCAGCGUUCCGCAGUGGUUCGGGGUCUACCACAGCAACAAGAUCGCGAUGGUGUCCUUCACCUCCUCGCGCGAGAUCCGCUUCACCCUGGGAUGGAAAAUCUGGAAGCAGAUGGUCUCCAUGUACUUUUUCAUUGCGUAUUUUUCGUGCGCCGACGUGGGCUUCUCUGUGCUGUACGGUGUGUUGAGUAAGUCGCACCCUGGCGCGGUCUCUUUGGUGUCGGAGAUGGCCCCUGUGGGAAGUGGUGCCGUUGGUGGGCAAUCCGUUCUGUUUUGUUUUGUUCUGUUCUGACCAUGUCYGCCUCUCUGUUGUUUGAAAUUCUUACGAAUCGCAUUCGCUUCGACUCCAAUCGCUUCCAUUUGACUUGACUCGAUUCGGUGCAGUUGGCGGCCUAACCGGGAACAUUUGUGUUUUCAUCGCCAUGCAAGCCAGAUCGAAGAGAUUUGCAGCGUGGAAACGUCCGUUGGCCAUUCUCGUCAUUGUGGUAUUCGCCGCCGGGAGUUGGUAUACGCUUGCGGAUGGCAUCUUUUACAUUGCCAACGUUUGGAUGCCGGACAAGGAAGACGUAGUGGUGGAAGUGGCCCUGAGUGCUUCCCUGGUGUGGGUAGUACUCAUGGUUACCUUCCAUGUUGCGAUGUAUGGGUGGACCAAGAGCAACAAGAAAAACGCGAUUUCGUCGCGGUUUACCUCUCAAGUCUUUAGCCGAGGCAAUGUCGGCGACCUCAUCGAUASCAUACGGAGCAAGAACUCGAACGGGAGUGAMGGUGACGACGACGGUGACGACGAAGAAGCGAACGAUGGUGCCGUGAGGGAGCAACCCGUCGCCAAGGACGGGGUCCAAGCAAACGAUAAAGACGACCGACGUGUUGGGUUUGCCGAAGACACAAAGCCUCCCGGGCCCGACCGGAACGAUYCCUCCGGAUACGUUGCACCCCGAGACGCGCCAUCGUGUUGGAAGAUGUUCAUGACCAAGGUYGUCGAAGCCUUCCCUUUUUUUUGUGGUUGCUGCCUCAAGAAAAAAUACCAAGCUAUUUCUACACGUCGUUUAGACUAYAAAAAAGAUGCCGGCGAUAGGACAAGGUUUGCCAGGUUCCUCAUUCACAUCAAGCGUUUCUUUUGGUAUCUCCUGUCCUUUGCCUUUCUCUUUUUUACGAUCGUAAACAUUGGGGCAUCCUACGAACAAUGCGCCGCCCGCAAUGCCCUGAAUUCCACCUUUGAACUUUUGUACCCACCCGACUACCGAAACUCUACCCUGUGUGCUUGGGACAAGCCCGGWCCCAAMGCUACCAUCAAAACAUUCGAUUCCUUGCAGGAUGUGAGAGAUGAAAAUUACGAUGUGAUUCAUUGCGGUGCUUGUGGAGCCUGUUCCAACUGGAACGAUAUCACUCUGCAAUACACAUCGAGAAAGUAUUUGGCUGGCGUUUCAAAAGUAUGGUAAGGGAUGGUCGKAGGUKGCGGUAUUCUGUGCUGCAACGAAAAAAGCGACCGUUGCAACUUCUCCAUCAAACACUCAUCAUUUGCUCGUUCAUCGGCUUUUUUUUCUCGCUCGAAAUUCAGUGCCAAAAAGUCGAUUUUCACUAGAUUCAACCCAAACGAUCCAGACGACGUUGUCGUUCAAUGCAACCACCAGAGAAUCGGAUUCACCAUGAACUGCUCACAGGCCUGGGCUUGGGACGAAGUUCACACAAAGAAUCGAGCUGUUUUUACCUUUUUACAGGCAAACAUCGCGAACGCAUUUGCUGACAUGGACGUCACCUACCAAGACAUUACCAUGGCCACCAUCGAUGAGGCUCUGUCGGGACCUAGAUUUGUACCCUGGGUCGGAGCCACCCGCCGCCGGAUGAAUAUCAAAAGUGACAUCGAUCGCCCAACCAAUCAGCGUAAGUACUCUACACCGCGGAGACGUGUGUUUGUCGGUGUUGCGCUGCGUUUUUGUUCGAGAUCCGUUCACUGCUCCACAAGCGCACCUCCGAAAAAACUAAAUGCACUGGUGACGUUUCCGUUGUUUUUGCAAACGUGUUUGCUCUGUGCUAGAAUGCACAACCGUCACCCAGAACUGGACGGAAGUAUUUACCAAGCCUUUCAGACCACCGGUUGGUGGAACAUAUACGAUUCAACCUCCAGGAAAACCCGCCGAGACGGUUGUCAUUGUGGGACAGAACGAUUCACCGUAGAGCUUCCAAUGCGUGCUGCUUCKAAUCGUGUAUUUGAUCUAAAAACAAAAUAGAGUUGUUGCAUUGCAUGCCUGGACCGUAUAAAACCCCAAUUUCUGU